CAGAGUCCAGGCUUGACUCAUCUCUCACUUCACCAGGGCUAGGAUCUCAGCCUUAUGCAGAAAACAAGGCUUAGCCUCCGAACAACAGAGAAGCGCUCAGUCCCAAAGCCACAGGAAGGCCUUUUACCUGCUCCAGCCCUCAGCCAUGGAGUACCUUUCAGCCUUGAACCCCAAUGGCCUGCUGAGAUCAGUCUCCGCUAUGGGCUCUGAAUUUGGCCGUAGGGUCUGGAACUCGGCUCCACCACCUCAGCGACCUUUCCGCGUCUGUGAUCAUAAGCGGACAGUCCGGAAAGGGCUGACAGCUGCCACCCGCCAGGAACUGCUAGAUAAGGUUCUGGAGACCCUGCUGCUGAGCGGGGUGCUAACACUGGUGCUGGAGGAGGACGGGACUGCCGUGGAGAGUGAAGACUUCUUCCAGAUGCUGGAGGAUGACACCUGCUUGAUGGUGCUGGAGAAAGGACAGAGCUGGAGCCCCAAGAGUGGGAUGUUGUCAUACGGCCUAGGACGGGAGAAGCCAAAACACAGCAAGGACAUCGCACGCAUCACCUUUGAUGUAUACAAGCAAAAUCCUCGGGACCUCUUUGGCAGCCUCAAUGUUAAAGCUACAUUCUACGGGCUCUACUCCAUGAGUUGUGAUUUCCAAGGAGUCGGUCCCAAAAAAGUUCUAAGGGAGCUCCUUCGUUGGACUUCCUCACUGCUGCAAGGCAUGGGUCAUAUGCUGCUGGGAAUUUCAUCUACCCUUCGCCACAUAGUAGAGGGGGCUGAGCGAUGGCAGUGGCAGCGACAGAGUCACCUCCAUUAAGAAUGAAAAGAGCGCUUUGAGCCUGUGCCCCAAGGCUGGUUCCAUGCGACACUGUGAGGCCUGUAAGGGUGUCGUCAGGUUUGCAGUCUGUGGCACCCUAGGUAACUCACCGGACCUUGUAACAGAACCUAUCCACACACUGCCUUGGUCCUCCAGCCUGUACAUUUUUCUCAAAAAUGCUGCUUAUCUAACCUACAUUCCUGCCUUCCACUUACCCCGCAGCACCACAACCUCGUCCCCUGGCAUCCUAACCCACCGUAAUUGCUGCUACAUCUAGCUUCUUACUGACUCCUAUCCCUGAGGUCCUGUGUACCAAUCCCAAGCAGUCCCUCGAGAUACUUUUCCCCUGAAAAAUAAAAAUACUUCCAAGAAAAAUACAAAAAAA